CUCGCCAAAAACGUCGAUGAGAUCCUGGAAGUGCUCCGAUAUUCACUCCUGGCUGCACAGAUCGAGUUUUCCGAGAUGCGAGAAAUCGUCGCCGGGGUUGUGGAGCGGCUGAUUGAUGAUAAGAUGCUCGUCGAGGAGGAGGUGAUUUUUUCUGUGGGGAAUGGCUCAAGGGUGGGGUUGCUUGCUAAAUUUUGAGAAAUCAUGUGAGAUUGACUUAAAGUUAAUAAAGCCUUCAAAGAGAGUCUUCAUUUAUGGCUCAAGAGGUUCCUAAGAAGUUGCACCCGACCUUAAAACGGUUCACGCGGGGUUCAAUGCGAGCUUUUAGCUAAGACUAGGCUCUCUAGAUGUAGUUUUUUACGCUGAUUCCGAAUCCGGUCUCAAAAGUGGCCCAAUACGUCUAGGGAAAAAGUUAUAGACCGUGAAAAGUCGAAAAUUUCAUCCCGGGGCGUUCGCAGUGAGCCAUUCUUCGUGCGACCCAAACAUAGAAAAACAUAGAAAUCUUUUUUGCUACUUCUAUUGAUAGGAACCACACUUUUUAAAAAUCAAUUAAAAAUAUGUUUUUUACACUAUUCGAUAAAGGAGGCUGUGAAUUUUCAUAAUCCGUUUAGUUUUCGAAAAAAGGUCCACUAAGAAAAAAGUUAUGGCCAAAAAAACUAAUUUUUUUAUUAAGAUUUGUAGGUCGAUUACAUAUUUUAAUAGAGAAAUUUAAUUUUUAAUUUCAGAAUUUAGCUAGUAGAAACGCUUCAAAACCGUUUUUUCAACAAAAAAUCGUCAAUUUUGGUGACGUGAAGGGGCGGGGCUUGGCGCUUCCUAUCUAUUGGACCUCAAAGAAAAAUCCUGAGAAUCUUUUUCCGUGUUCCCACACCUGUAAAUCAUAAACCUUUAAUCAGCGCUGAAAUACCUAAAGCUCUGAAAUUAGUCUAUUCAGGAAAUCCUCACCGUGACGGACCUCGGCGGCGCGGUUUUCACGGCCGGAUUCUCGCCGCACGACGCCACUCGACUGCAUUCCGAACUGCUGGCGUCGUUGAACGAAGGCGUCAUUUUUUCCUCCCAUUUUCAUCUUCUUUUCAUCAUCACGCCCUACGACUGUGUGUGCAACAUCGACUGGGACCUUUUCCAUUCGCUGGUCAGACUUGGGUGACGUCAUCAAGCUUCGGAUAUUUUUAAAUGACGUCAGAAGUAGGAUGAAGGGAUUUAUUGAAUGAAUGACGUCAUUUUAAGCUUUCGGAGACGGUUAUAGGACUUUAGUUAUUCAAGUUGAGAGAAGCUGUGACGUCAUCAAGCUUCCGAUGAUCAUGACGUCAGAAAAAUUCGACCAAAGUUGAGCAGACCAAAACUUAGUCCAGCAAACAAAAAAUUAGUGAUGUGCAACAUCGACUGUAACCUUUUCCAUUCGCUGGUCAGUCUUGGGUGACGUCAUAUUUCAGUCCUUUUGAAUGACGUCAAACAAACUCCGCCCCCAAAAAAGCUCUUGGGUGGCUAGUUAUUGAAUUGAAUAGAUGACGUCAUUUUGAGCUUGUGCAAAAAUGAAUGGAUAGUCGUGAUACUUUGUUAAUCAAAGAUUGAGAGAAGCUGUGACGUCAUCAAGCUUUCGAUGAUCAUGACGUCAGGAAAACAGGACCAAAGUUUAAGCAGACCAAAAUUCAAUUAAACAGAUCGAAACUUAGUCCAGCAAAUGAAAAAUGAGUGAUAGUGUGUUCACAUUUUGAAUGUAAACAAACUCCGCCCCCAAAAAAGCUCUUGGGUGGCUAGCUCCCUGAUUGGUUUGAUAGGGGCGGAGUUUGAUCAUCGUGACCUGAACAGACUUUAUUUCAGAAACGUAAGAACCGUGAAAUCGCUCUGAAAGUACUCUGAAAUAUCAGACUCUCUUCGGUGACGUCAUGAAACUUUAAAUUAGCUGUCAAGAAAAGUUUUGGUGAUGUCCGUAGGCUUCAGACCCUUUGAAAUCUGUGUUGAGCACGAGCUUAAGCUCCAAUGACGUCAGAAUAUGGGUGAAUGACGUCAGAAUAUGGUUGAAUGACUUCACACGGAUAUCAUCACUUUAUAGCCACUUUUUGAAACCCUUACUCGGGUUUUGUAGGUUUAAUUUAUGCAAAAAAUGUUUUAUCAAUGGUUUUUCUUUCAAUUUCAGUACGUCGCCUUGCCGAAAAGCGAGAAAAAGCUCCUGGCCGCGUGUGGGCUCCACGAGCACGUGAUCUUGAGGGCGAUUGUCAAGAGAAUUGAGCAGGUCUGGACUUUUCAGUCUCAUAGUUGAUUCACCGCUAACUUGAGAGUUUUUGAUAAGGCUUUUCUCGAAAAAUAACAAUCCGAAAAUGAGUUUGAUCGUCUUUGAAGCACAUGUUUCUAGCUAGAAAUGAGUGCAAUUUUGUGGUAACUUCAGACUUCUGGAUCCGCGCCAAUGAGGCUUUACAUUGCGCUCAUGCUACUACGGGUUUGGAUGCACGAGCCGGCCUGGGCGAUUGCAGAGAGGUUGGCGCCAAACCGGGAAAAGUCGGGACAUAGUUUGAGCUUUUGGCUCAUUUUAGUGUUGAUCCGAGCUUUUUUCGAUUUUUUGAGAAUUGAAAUAUGUUUGAGCGCUUUUUUUCAAAUGAAGGAUUUCUGCAAAAAAAAAAUAAUCUCCAUAAAAAUACAUUUGAUAGAAUUCAGUUAGAGGAGCCUUGGUCGCAUUUGGAAUGGCUCUUGACGCGUUGCGGAUAAGACGUGGUAAAAAAAAUUCACGCCAUAAUACCCUAUGCCUCUUCGCGUAAGUCGCUUUGAGUUUGGCGCACUUCGAGGCAAUUGCUUCACGUAUCAAGUUAUUCCAAGUGCGACUCAUUAUCUUCAAGCUGGACAGAAUAAUUUUGAAACUGGGAAAAGAAGAAGCAUUUUGUGAAUUUUUUCAGAUUUGGUGUCGAGCGUGGCUGGAUGCAAUCGACAUUACAAGGGGCAAUAGCCCAAGCCGCGUCAAUUUCCAAGUUUUCUGAGGUUUUUUUUUGAGGGACUUGGGAGCUUGAGAAAAUUUAGCUACACAGGUGUGCUCUAGGGACAAAAGGGCGAAGUUUAGCUAGGAAGUCAUGAUUUUUUAAAAAUUACCUGUAAUUUGGCUUUUUUUUUUAGAGCAUAUGUUCAUGUUACUAUUAAGCCUAAGCAAUCAGUAGAAAAUUAAGUUUUAAUCUAAAAAAAAGAACCAAAGUGUCUUAAAAAGAACGCGAAACUGGAAAUUCGUGACCUACUGUUAGUAAAUCUAUUAUAUUCAAUUUUCGAUGUUAUAGCUAUGUCUAAACCUCUUUCUUUCUCAUGCUCUUUAGGUAUUGUCAGGGGCUAGCGUUGAACGAACUAAAGUACGAAAACGCCGAUUUUUCACAACAAGUUUAUUCAGUUUUGCCAAAAAGAGAAAUUUAGAAGAUCCCAAACAUGUGGCCCCUGAGGCUGUUACUUCCGGAGCUGGUACAAAGGCUCGCCGAAGCCGCCCAACCCGAACUCCUGCCUCUGAUGGCCAUCGACGGGGUGAAAAAAGCGCGUGCGGCACAGCUCUACAAAGCUGGCUUCAAGACUGUCUCCCAGGUUCAUUUCAUUUCAUUUCAAGUGUUUAUUCGCCAUUCCGCAAUCUGCACGACAAAUACAAAAAAUAAAAAAUCAAAGAAAAUCGAAUGAAUCUAACAGCUGAUCUGUGGAAAAAGGUGGCGAAUUUAGGUUCUGCCGUUCAUUACUUGCGUUUUUAAAGGCGCAUAGACUUAUUCAAAAUCUCGAGACGAAGAGUUUUUUUUUCCCCUUUCUUUAGGCUUUCUGCACCUUUAGUUAUGUUACAAAAGGGUCCUUUUACUUUGCGGUUGGGGAUUUUUGGAAAAUUCUCCCAGAAAAUUCCCUAAGGAAACCAAAUAUGAAAUAGAAAAGUUUCAACCCGCAAAACUUUCUGAUUUUUGAAAAUUAAAGACUCAAAGUGGUAAAAUGAUCCUUUCUUGAGAUUUGAUGGUUUUCUUUGACUUUCGGGCUGUCAUUUCUCAAAAACUAGGCUGAGACUUUCAGGUGACUUCUCUAGUACAUCAGGAAGUGUUCUAACCAAUUUUCAGAAAAUUCCAAAACGAAAAUUGAAAAGUUAGCAAGGAUUUUUGAAAAAAAGAAUCAAUUUUCUUCUUGUUUCAGGUCGCCAAAUGCAGUCCUGACGAUCUACAGAAGGCUCUGGGCACUAUUCGAAGAUCACAGGCGACGAGGAUUAUCACUAGCGCAAAAGUAUCGUUUUCAGUGUUAUUUUAGGCCUUUUUGAGGAUUUGAAAAAGGAAGAACUUUUAAAAAGUUUCGAUAAAUUUUCAUCAAAUGUUGAUUUUUUUUUUAGUUGCAGCUUCAAUAGUGUAUAGCUUUUCAGACGUUGUAAUCUUUUUAUAUUUUUUUAAUUUUAUGAAGAUUCAAUUUCAUUUUCUAAGGGUUCUGGAGUCAUUUUUUUUUUUGGCAUUCGAAAAAUCGAAAAAAAGGAUUUCUUACGAUUUUUGAGCCUUUUUAAAUAUUUUUAUGCUAUUUCAUCACAUAAAAAGUAUCUUUUUCUUAGAUCAUGUUUCAUUUUAAACCUUCAAAAACCUCAAGAAAAGUUUUCAAAUAAUUCAGACCCUUCUGAGGGACCAACUCGACGAGAAACUGGAGGAAAUCGAUGCGAUGGGCCUCGACGUGAAGGAUCUCGAGAAGGAGGCCGAAGCCAAGUCCUUUUCAAUAGAAUAA